AUGCUUCUCGAAUCCGUCUUCGUUGCCGUCCUGGGCUCUCUGGUGUCAGCUAACACCAGCAGCAUAUGGAGUACCACAGAUAAUGUCUACACGACAAGUGGAUGGAGCACUACAGACCGCGUUAUCACAACAAGUCAAUGGAGUACCAGUGACAAAGUUAUCACAACGAGUCAAUGGAGUACCAGCGACCGCGUUAUUACAACCAGCCAAAGGAGUAUCAGCGACACUAUUAUCACGACCAGUCAACUACCUACCUCCGAUCGUGUCAUCACCACAAGCCAGUGGUCCACCACCGACCGCAUAAUUACAACCAGCAAGACUAUUUCACCUUCACCGCUUCCCACCACUAGCAACCACUCCGCUGUCUCGAUUGCCAAUUCUACAAAGACCACAACACGAACCACAUCAGACGCUGUCUUUACAACGAGCAGUGGAAUUGCUAUCGGUGCAAAUCUUGCUUCUUCAAGCAUCGGGGGUGACGCGCCAUCCAGUUCCCAGCCUAGCAGCGCUGCCCAACUGAGUCCGGAUUUCAAUCUAAUUUCAGUGCUUGCUGUUGGGCUUUACAUGGUCUACGGCAUUGGUGCAUCUGCUUUCUCGCUUCUCUAG